AUGCGCGCCGACACCACCUUCGCCCUGCUUGCCCAGGCCUUCGCCGUCCAGGGCUUGAACAUUAUUCAGUCCAACGACGACGGCUGGGCUGAGUUCAAUGCCCGCGCCCUCCACGACUCCUUGAAGACCUUGGGCCACAACGUCCUCCUUUCUGGUCCGGCCGAUAACCAGUCCGGCAGAGGCUCCCUCGACAGCGACCCGACCCCGCGCACCGAGCCCUGCGAGUACAACAGCUGUCCCGCCAACAGCGGCCCCGUCGGCGUCAACGAGACCAGCCUGGACCUCCGCUGGGUCAACUCGUACCCCGUGACGUCGAUACGCUACGGCAUCGAGCAGUUCGCCCCCGAGCUCUGGAACGGCUCGGCCCCCGACCUCGCCGUCACCGGCCCCAACGUCGGCUCCAACCUCUUCCUGCAGGUGCAGUUCUCCGGCACCGUCGGUGCCGCCACCUACGCCGCCCACAAGAAGGGCAUCCCCGCCAUCGCCUUCUCCGGCCUCACCAACGACAGGUUCGCCUGGGACACGGUGCCCGAGCCCAUCUCCAGCGCCGUCUACGCCGAGCUCUCCUCCCGCCUCGUCACCAAGAUCGUCGAUGCCGGCGCCCCCUACCUGCCCGACAACACCUGGAUCAACGUCAACAUGCCCGCCGUCACCGCCACCGAGUGCAACGACCCGGACCAGUUCAAGUGGGUGCUCAGCCGCAUCAACCCCAACAUCCUCCCCGACGUCGACGUCACCACCUGCGGCAACAACGGCAAGCUGCCCGACGACGUCACCGUCGUCGACACCCCCGGCUGCUACAUCUCCCUCAGCGUCGGCGAGGCCACCUUCAAGACCACCGCCAACAAGGCUCAGCAGCAGAUCGUCGUCGACAAGCUCGGCGACUUCCUCACCUGCCUGCCGUAA